AUGAAGGCCUCUAAUAUCAACAAAUCUGGAAUGUUCAGAAUUCGAGCAUUCAACAGAAAGCAUACAUGUCCUUUAAAAGAUGGAGUUUAUUCGCAACGACAUGUAACUAGCAAUUUGAUUGGAGGGAUUGUGAAACCUAAAUUUCUAGAUCAUAAGCGUAAAUAGACACCAGCUGAUAUAAAAGAUGUUAAGAUUGAUCUUGGAGUUGAUGUUAACUAUAUGUUGGCUUGGAGGGCCAGGGAGAAAGCGUUGAAAUCUUUGAGGGGUACACCAGCUGAAUCAUAUGCAAAGUUACCUGCGUAUUUGUAUAUGAUGGAUAUCACUUACCCGGAGUCUCAUAUACGUAUGAAAAAGAGUAUAAAUAAUGAGUUCUUGUAUCUAUUUGUUGCAUUGAAUACAUUUAUACAAGGAUUUAUGCAUUGUAGAGCAGUAGUCGUGGUGGAUGGUAGUCAUCUGAGAGGUCCAUAUAAUGGGACAUUUGUUGCAGCAAGCACGACAGAUGGCGCAGUGUCUGAUAGAAAUGAGAGCAUUAUAAAAGUUGUUACAAAUGUAUACACUAAUGUACCACACUAUGCGUGUAUGUGGCACUUAUGGAAUAAUGUUCAGAAAAAGUUUAGAAAAUCUCAUGAGAAGUUAUCUAGUGUAUUCUAUACAAUGGCAAAAGCUUGCACGAAGAAUGAAUUUGAUAUGUUAAUGGAUACUAUAGAAAAGGAAGAUAUAAGAGUGAAAGAGUAUUUGGAGUUAGCUGGAUAUGAAAAAUGGGCUCUGUGUUAUGCACAAGUACAUAGAGGAUGGCACAUGACAUCAAAUAUUGCUGAGAGUAUAAAUGCUGCACUUGUUUUAGCGAGAGAAUUGCCUAUUUUUGAAUUUCUAGAAGAGGUAAGGCUAUUAUUUGAAAGGUGGAAUCAUGACUACAAGAAGGAGGCGACCUGCACAUUUACAUCAUUGAUUGGAAAAUACCAUGACAUACUAGCAGACGAUGAAGCAAUCAGCACAAGAAUGACGGUUGUACCGUCAACGGAAUAUGUGCACAAUGUUAAUGAUGAUGGAAGAUAUUUUGUAGUCUGUCAAAGGAAAAAAUUUACACAUGUGGAAGAUUUCAGUACGAGGAAAUACCUUGUGAACAUGCUUGGGCCGUAUUGA